AAUUGUAACAACACAAAAAGCAAACACUUUGAAGCUUUAUUAUUUUUAUUUAGUCUUAAUACAAAAUGUAACUUUAACAAAAAAUGUUUUAUUUAUUUUUGUGUUAAUAAAUCAUUUUUUAGCAUUAUGCAGAAGUCCCUUUAACCCAAUGCACUAUGGGAGAUGCAGUGCAAAAACUGACACAUGUGAGCUUCAUUAUUUUCUUCACUUUUUCCACGGUGUGACACCAAAUCCCACGGGAAGUUACACCGCUAAACAUGAGGUUUGACUGUUAUUUUUGUUGGGGCUGUGAGACUUUAUGAGCCAAGUCGCAACAAAAAAGUGAGGAUGUUGACAACUUUUGACUCUACAAUCCGGUUAUCAUUCGUUUAUCAACUUUGUUGAUAUUUCUUGUGUUGUGUUCCGAUUGUGCCUGAACGCAACUGAGAGUUGUGCUCUUCUGCGCUUGCGCAAGUUCCCCCGGAACCUGAUUAUGUUGUCGAAGACUGAACUUUUGACCAAAUAUUUUGGUCAGUAUAUGUUAAUUAAAAAAAAGGUAAAAUACAUUUAAGGGGAACCGGUAGUUAGUGUUUUGCCUUUUUUUUCGGUAAAAAAAAAAAAAAAAAAAAAAAGAUUUUUGGUGCUGCUGUAACAGGUGCUGCAAAAAAGCCUUAACCUGAUUAAACACAAUUGUUACUGUUUUUUAAGAGAAAAUGUAUAUAUAUAUAUAUAUAAUGAGCUUAAGUCUCCAUGUUUCCUUCGGUUAUCUGUUCCACAGUUACAUUAAUAUUCAUCUUUUCCACCUUUCCUUCAACUUUUCAGUUUGCAUCACAUUGGACAGAUUUAGAUUCCUCUUAAACACAGAUAUACAAUCCAGUCUCAUGGUAAACACAUCCUCACUUGCCAAUCGUGGAAGAUUAGAGAAUUCAGCAUCAAGUUUGAAAAUAGACUAUUCAAUAAUCCAAUGAAAAUAUAUUAAAAAAAACUGUAAAUAAAAAAAGAUAUAUUUUUUAAUUUUAUCUUUCAAACAAAACACAUCAGAAACCCUUUCUAAAAAUAAGUCAGCUUGACUUCCUUUCCCAUCAUGCUCUGUCUCUCGGUUAUAAAGCUGUCUCUCACAGCCUGCAUGAUGUGAAACUCAUCAUUGUAGCAAUGGCAGACGAAAAGAUUAUCUACGCUUCUGUCACAUUCAGACCCACCACACAAUUCAGAUUUAAAGCUGAAAGGGAGGAGGUUGUGUAUGAUGAAGUAAAAGUGAGCCAUGAAAACCUCCCUGGACCCGACGGAGGACUCCUGCAAGACGAAGAUGUGGGAAUAAAAUCAAGGCUGACUCAGCUGUUUCAUCGUGGCUGUGGGAUUCGCUUUGGGUUCUUGAUUUUGGUUUUCAUCAUUGGACUCUCUGUCUACAUUGCAUUGAGUUCUGUAAGAGGCACAGAUGAACUGAUCCAGUGGAGGACCAACCAAACCAAACUACUGGAGAACUCUCAGAACCAGACCCGCCUCCACAACGCUCUGCUCUCUGACUAUGAAAACCUGAGGAAGGAUCACACAGAUCUGAACAAACUUUGGCGCAAUCUGAAUGCUUCAUUUAUGGACCUACAAAACAAAAUCCAAAACAUUUCUGCAGAAAAUCAACAGCUGGAGAUAAAAAACGAGGAACUGAAAAAGGAGAAUGUAAAUUUGAAGCUGGAAAAAGACGACAUGGAGGCGGAGUGUGAGAAACUCAAUGUCAGCCGAGCUCAGUGGAGCGUUGACAACUACUGUCCAAAACCAAGGGGGAAGCAAAAGAGAGAAUGUCGGGCUUGUCUAAAGGACUGGACACACGAAAACACCAAGUGUUAUGAAGUAAAGAAAAACAAGGCGGUUACGUGGAGAGAAGCUCAGCAGGACUGUGAGGGGAAGAAUUCUCAGCUGCUUCUGGUUGAUAAACUCCAAAAAUUAAAACUACCUCCUCAGUUCUGGAUUGGGCUUCGUGUUGAGAAUGGAAAAUGGAAGUGGAUCAAUGGGAGUACUCUGUCCCAAAGUAUCAAUCCUGUUAAUGGUCGCUGUGCAGUUUCUUUCAAAGACAAAGACUGGAAAUCAGUAGAUUGCAAUAACAAAAACUAGUGGAUCUGCGAAAAGGAGGCUUUAUCUGUAUAAGGGCUGCAGUCAAAUGGAAUUUUGUACAAUAAUAUACAUUUUUUUAAAUACAUUUUACUGUGUAUUUAUUUUCUAAACCUGUUUAAACCUGUUGUAUUUCUGUUUUUUUCUGUUUUAAGCCAUACCAGCUACUGAAAGGAAAAAGGUGGGGUACAGUCAGAACAUUUUUCCUGUUCAUCACAGAGAUAGCCACCACAUACUCAUGUUUACACAUAAUUUGAACUCAAUAAAUAACCUAUUAAGCAUGUUUAUUGAUUUUUAUUGUGGGAGGUAGUCACAUGCCCAGAGAAACCCAUGCAUGUAUGGAAACAUUCAAACUCUCUCUGUUAAAUGAGAGCACUAGUCACUACCCCACCAUGCAACCUGUAUCUAUUGAUUAAUAUCUAAAUAGUAACAAACCUGUAAAAAUAUCUUUAAAGGAAACUUUUAAAACCAGAAAAAAAUAUUAUUUUGAUUAAAAUGUGUAAGACUUUGACCUUGUGAAGUUUGUUUCUCUUUUAUGACCAAAAGAGGGCACUGUUGUUGUAUUUUCUCAGCUUUACAAAGAGGUGGAAGAAUUCUUUUUUUUUUUUUCAUUUAUGUACCAAAUUAAAAGGAAUUUCAUUACAGUUAAAGACAAAUGUUCUCUAUUAGAGAUUGAGCUGCUGAGAACGUGUUUCACUAGUUUUAAUAACAGUCUAGAUCAAACAAGAAAAUGGUUGCAAGUCAAAUGUAAGUUUUUAUUCUGGUUAAUUUUUACAUUGUAAAAUAUUUUUUGGGGAAAACGAAAUGGUAUAAAAUUAUUUAUUUAUCAGAAAAAGAAAUCUAAACAUUUUAUCCCUUUUCCUGGACAAAAUAUGUACCAAAAAUUGUUUCUUGUUUUUGUUUGUUUGGGAUUUUUUUCUACCUUGUCUAAUCUU